CUUAUCCAAUUCAUACCUCUUCAGUGGCUCAUAGUUAUAAAUUCUUAUAUCGUGAUUUACCAAAUCCUGGAUUAAAUGUAGUGGGUAUGGAAAAUUGUGGAAUUAUUGCUAAUAGAAAUUUGGAUGAAUGGAAAAUCAAUCGCGAGUUCUUUAUAAGAAUAGCAAUGUCAAAAAAAUUUUUAAAAAUGCUCACAGGAAAAACAUAUAAAACGACUGCAGAUAUGUUUAAAUUAUGGGAUAUUAUGAUAAAUGACAAGAAAGAAGUUGAUUUGUUUAGAUGGCUAGAAAAGCUUACUGGGGAUAUAGCAAUCUCAACAUCAACUGGACCUUCUGCUUACUCAAUGCUUACUUACUUUAAUUCGCUAGGAUAUGAAUAUGAUCUUAAUUAUAUUCCAGCUUCAGAACUGGAACAAUCUUCAAAAUUGAUUUCUCUUAUUAACUCCUUUUUUAAAGCAAUGCAAUGGUUCAGCUUAAUCCCACCUUUUAUAAGAAAUGCUCCUGGAAUAAAGUACUUUAACAACAAGAUUUUUAAUAAUGUAAAAAACUUGAAAGUCUUUUUACUUGAAGUAAUUCAAAGAAGACGCACAGAAAUCGACUUAUUAUCCAACAAUUCUUUACUGCCAUCUGACUUUUUAACAUUGCUCCUUACCGUCAACACACCAUGGGAUCUAGAACAUACUUUAUAUAAGUCAUUAAGCCGAUCAUUGAAUGACCAUGAAAUUUUUGGUGUUAUUAGAGACAUUUUCUUGGCACUUUCGGAGAUCAAAGAUAUUUUCAGGGACUCAAUAUCUUUAAAUUCCCUUUACGAAGGUAUCGAGAAGCUACUAUAUUGUGAGUCCUUAAUUAAAGAAGCGCUUCGCUUGAACCCGCCAUUUCCGCUAUCGCCACGAUCGAAUUCUGAAUCUGUAGAAGUUGGUGGAUAUCAAUGGAAAGAGGGACAAGCAUUUUUAUUAUUUUGCCAGAAAAUAAACAUCAACAAAAGUGAUUGGAUUGAUGGUGAAAUUUUUGCUCCUGAAAGGUUUUUGAAGAAUAUGAAUAGUAAGCGAUCAAUGAAUGCUAAAGAAGCUAACA